AUGCCAGAAACAAGUGGAGAUGACAAUGAAAGUGGAAGUACAAGCGGCUCCGAGGUAUCCAUAGGAGAUGAAGGAGAGGAGAACAAUCGUUCAACAGCCGAGAGUGAUGAAUCAGAUGAGGAAUCGGAAUCCAGCGAUGAAGAGGAAAGCUCUGAAAGCGGAUCUUCUGAAAGUGAUGGUGAUAGUAGCAGUGAUGAUAGCGACUCUACAGACUCUUUAUGGGGUGCAUUCGAUGACGAUGAUAAAAAACAAACUCAAGAAGCCAAUGAAGCCUCUGCUCUGCUCGAGUUCCAAAGAGCAUUGGAUUGUUUAGUAGAAGGAAAGAAUAAUGCAGCAACGAAAAUCCUGAAGAGACUUCUUCACAAUCCCCUCGUCAAAGGAUUUAACACGACAGUCUUUGACUGGGAAGCAGAAGUGGAUGAAAGGCUUUCCAAAAUGGCUCGACUUUUUGUCGGCAUCCAUAAAAACCUUGCAAAGCUAGACAGUGAAAGUUCAUCGCAACAUUUUCUCCAGAUCUUAUCUAUUGCUCCAAAAAACGCAGAAAUUUGGCUUAAUCUCGGCUUGGAAAGCAUUACCAACGGUGAUGUAGACUUUGCAAAGUUUGCAUUCGAACACGCCGAAGGGCCUGAAGCCACUGAUGCUCUGCUGAGUGCUCUGUAUUUGUCGCGGAAUUACCAUGCCUGCUUACGACUGGCGCAGAAAUGUAUAAAUUUGGGAAUUGCCAAGGAAAAGGCGCUGUUUCUGAAAGAGCGUAUCCGUUCCGUGAAUGAUCAUUACAGAGAGUUCUGUGACAAAAUUUUCGGUGAGAACAGAAGAUAUGACUUGGUUGAGACUUUGGAUGAAGCCACAACAGCAAAGAUGGCGCAGCGGUUGGGCGCUAUCGAAGAGCGCCUCCGUUCACUUACUUAUGAUGAAGAAACUUCUAUUCCAAGUCCCAUCGAGAUUGAGUUCGAUGCGGAUCAAACGGUAGACAAUAUAGCUACAUGUUUUUGUGAUCUCUACGAUCGAAUAGAGGCCUAUUCAAGUCUUUCCUUGCAAGAGAUCACAUUUUCUCGUUGGGAUGACAGGAGAGAUCUGCUGGACUCGAUGUCGGUAUUACAGGAUAUUCUCGAAGUUAUCGAUACUGUUAAUUGCUUAAUAGAUCAGGCGUUAUCUAGGAGCGCUAAAACGCGAUGUGCAGCGACGUCAUCGUCUCUUACUGCGUCGGCAAGUGAUAGCUUCUUGCGUCGGUCAAUGCGAUAUGCCAUGGAGUUACCGUUUUAUGAGGAAAGUGGUUCUCAAGAAGUAGACAGCUCGAUGCCUUGCCGUUUGGAUGGAAUCCUGCCUCCUCUUGAGCUGGCCAAAUCAUUGGGCUUUCAAGUUCGAUCGAUCGUACCUCUGAAAGAUGAGUUGUUGCGAAGACCAUCUCGUACACCGACUCCAGAACUUUGCCGCGAAUAUUUUGAUAGCGAUUUGCUAUUAUACCUGUUGAUGACAACCCUUAAAGGUGGAAGUUGGACAAUGUUUGAAUUACUGGAAGCCUUUCUUUGUCUCGUAGCUGACUUUUCUCCCACUUUCGGAGCAGUUCCACUCGAUCUACGUGAAGUUAUUAUCCAAUGUUAUCGUAGAUUCAAUAGGCUUUCUAGCAAUCUAUAUGAGGAAAAGUAUUUGCGACUGCAUGUCUUGAUGGACGAGCUUGGAGAAUCACAAGCGCGGGACUACUGCAUUCGAUGGCAUUAUGGUGAAAAAUGGAAAGAUCGAGAGUUGUUACAGCGCUUCAUACUUAGCCAUUCCAAAGCAAUUACUGAUGAAUCCAUCAAGCUCUCUUUCUUACGGUUCCUCUACAACUUCCUUGAAGAUGAUGAGUUCAUUUUCACUGCAAAAGGUUGGGCCGGGAAGGAUGAUGUGCGUGGCACAAUCGAGCGCCUUGAAAGGAGUAGUAGAAUUAUAUCCAUCUCUCAAUUAAGGUGUAGUGGAAAGUACGAGGAGGUUAUUUCUAUAAUAACUCGUGACAUUGACUUCCAUGUGCUCGAAGGUGAUGACCUGUUUGAGACAGCGGAAUUUCUAAUUGAGGCUUACCUUAAAGUUGGGAAGUUUGAUGCUGCUGUGGACUUUAUGUCGAGAACACUUCAUUUAUUGUUGUCCUACAAACAGCUUCCACAUGAACAGAUCUCGUCUUUACUGCGUAGCAUGAGAGAUACAGAUUGGUCAAAGGUGAACAAAGAAAAUGCCGAAAUGGCUGGUUAUUUCUUGUGCCAGCUUACUACCAUCGAUCAUUUCGUGACAGACUGGCUUGUUUGGAAGGAGCUCUAUAGAGUGGCCGAACGUGUGGGAGGAGGCAUUUCUGUGGAUUAUAUUCAUUCUCUUGAUCCCAUAAAGCAGGAUGAGGCAAUGCCAAGUUUGGGAUUGGAUGUUCUGUUGAAGGCCCAUGAGAAGUUGGGUGAAGCGAAGGUGUGCGGCUGCGAUAAGGGAGCCUUCCUACUGUUCUACAUGGAAAAUCUACAUGCGUGUAUAUCUAAUGAGAGCGUGGUGUCAGUGUUGCGCAGAGACGACUAUUCCUGGUUGUGGUCGAAUGUCUCCGAAGAGAUAUCUCAAUGUCUUUAUUGUGUGUUCGGGCGAUAUUCGAAACGUCGUCGAGCUCUCGAAGAACACGAAUGUUCAGUCAGUCAUCGUAUUCUCGAUAAGCACUCGACAAUGGUGGUAGAGCUCGCUAUGCCUCAUCCUCUGCCACAGUAUGAUGACAAGGAUCGCCUCGGUCACGAUGUUGUGGAUCUGCUCCUGAACAAAUUUCCGUUCAUGUUGGAAUACUCGGAAGAGAGAAAAAAGGUUUUGAAUGAGUUCACUGAGUGGAUGCAUCGCGCUGCCACGGACACCUCAAUAGAUCGUUUGAAGUGGCCUAUUGUACGAGACGAGUCCUAUGUGCAAUCAUGUAUUUGGUAUCUCAUGGCGUUACAUCAUUACCGCUUGAGUAAUUACAACGAAAUUGAAAUGUACUCAAAGUUGUUUCUCACAAGUGGCCAUGCUACUCUAGAAAGUCGAGUUACGGCUGGAGCCUGGGCUGUCCUAGCCUACACCUCGGUAUACCGCGUGUUCCAGAUGGAUGAUGAUGUACUAUAUUUGGAAUGGCAGUGGCACGUAAUGCCUUUUCGGAUUUCUUUGCUUGUGGAUGGCCGCAUAGGAGUCGUUUAUUUCCAGCUGGCUAACACGCUUUACCAAAUUGCCACCAGAUUAUCUCGUUAUUUCUUAACGGUACCAUCUGAUGACUGGCGACUGCGAUAUGCAGAAUCGCUACUUCAAAGACUGCGACAGGAGUCGGUCAAGCUUUUCGAGGAAGCACUGUCUCAGGCUGGCCAGACUGAACCUGGAAUGAUAUGCGAGUUCCAGUGGUUGUGCUAUUUCUUCUUGGCAAAACUACAAGCGAAGCUAGAUCCAACUGAAGUGGUCAAGGUAGUUGAUGGGAUGUUUGAAGCUGCAUGUUCUUGUGAAUUAUCGGGAUUUUUCUAUCCAAUCAAAAUCAACGUUAAAAAGCAACAGAAUAUCGAGCCUGUGGAAAUUCAUUACCAAAUUCACGCUACUGUGUGGAAAUAUCUUUGUAAAAACCCAUCGCCAUCGUUGAAAACGUUGAUCUCACUUUUGGCAUACAUUCGGGCUAUGCAAUACCAUAAGGUUGUGCGGAGCAACUUCUCACUAUUUUCCAUUAAUCCUGAAAUUCACGAAACUCUAGUACAGAUAACUACCAACUGCGAUCGCGUGCAGGAAGGUGAUGUUGAGAUGACGAUAGACGAUAUCAUUACUCGUUUGGUAUGCGAGCGUUUCCCGCAUAUGAAGUCCUACUACCGCCUGGCUGAAAUGGAGCUUAGUCGUGGGAACGUAGAGGCUGCCUAUAAUCAUCUGAUAAAGCAUGUCUUCAGAAAAAAGAAACGUGAUGAUUCUCUUUUCGACAGUGUUGUUGAAAUAACAUCUCAAGACAUAGAUCGUUCGGGAUCGUUCCCAUACCAUGUCGAGAGGGCACUGCAGUUACUAACAUCUUUAGCGUACAGGUUGAAGGACAUGCCUACGAUCAUCAGUAUAAUUACAACGUUGGUUGCUAAUGUGGAAACUCGUAACGAGGAGUUCAUUCUGAAGGAAAGGCAAGGGGCCUUACUCCAGCAUGCAGUCAGUCGACUUCACAUUUUGGUAAUGGAAUCGGCAGCGCCCAAACAUCUCCGCUCAGAUCUGUACCGGGCCUGGCAAGCGGUGAGCAGGUGUAAGAUGCUGGCAGCUCGAAGCGCAUAUGUUCAUCUUCAAGGUCUGAUUCAGCACAUUUUCGGAUCUGUAGACAGUUUCGUUGCUGAGCAGUCUAUGGUAGAUGAUCAUAAGAAAAAACAAGUUAGAAAACGGAAACUGACACCGUAUGACCUUGCCGCAGCCGAUCGAGAGCUAUUGACGCAUGGAAGCCAGACGGAGCGGCUAGAAAUCCCGGCCACUUGCUCCGAUCCCUUGAAAUUGAUGCGUCUCGCGUUGAAUGCGUGA